AUGGCUCCGAUCGCGGCCAGCCGCCAGCAGUUCGAUGAAAUUCCUACAGUGGUUGGGAUCUUUAGUGCAUUUGGCCUUGUCUUCUCUGUCUCCCUUUUUGCUUGGAUUUGCUGCCAGCGUAAAUCUUCCAAAUCCAAUAAGACCCCUCCGUAUAAGUUUGUCCAUGUUCUGAAAGGGGUUGAUAUUUACCCUGAGAAUCUCAACAGUAAGAAGAAGUUUGGAGCAGAUGACAAAAGUGAAGCAAAGAAUAAAUCAGCGAUGCCAAAGAAUUCUCUCCAUCUUGACCUGGAGAAGAGAGAUCUAAAUGGCAACUUCCCCAAAACAACCCCUAAAAUCCAGAGCUCUCCAGAUCUUGAAAAUUUGUCUCCUAAGCACUUUGUAGAAAGGAAGAAAGAUUCAGUAUCCCCUGACAGUUUAAAAUCCAUUACUUCCUUGUCAUCUGAAGAUAAACAAGACAAGCUAGGAACUCUCUUUCUCUCCUUAGAGUACAACUUUGAGAAAAAGGCAUUUGUAGUGAACAUCAAAGAAGCACGUGGGCUUCCAGCAAUGGAUGAACAGUCAAUGACUUCUGAUCCCUACAUCAAAAUGACAAUCCUACCUGAGAAAAAACACAAGGUGAAAACCAGAGUGCUGAGAAAAACCUUAGAUCCAGCUUUUGAUGAGACCUUCACGUUUUAUGGGAUCCCCUAUAGCCAAAUUCAAGACUUAACACUUCACUUUAUGAUCUUGAGCUUUGACAGGUUUUCCAGAGAUGAUAUCAUUGGAGAAGUCCUCAUUCCUCUCGCAGGAACUGAAUUGUCAGAAGGAAGGCUGCUAAUGGACAGAGAGAUCAUCAAAAGAAAUGUUAGGAAAUCAUCUGGACGUGGAGAAUUACUGAUCUCUCUCUGUUAUCAGUCUACAACAAACACGCUCACCGUGGUUGUUUUAAAAGCCAGGCAUCUACCUAAAUCUGAUGUGUCAGGAUUAUCAGACCCUUAUGUCAAAGUGAACCUAUAUCAUGCUAAGAAGAGAAUUUCUAAAAAGAAAACCCAUGUGAAGAAAUGCACCCCCAAUGCAGUGUUCAAUGAAUUGUUUGUCUUUGACAUUCCUUGCGAGGGCCUUGAUGAUAUCAGCAUUGAAUUUUUGGUUUUAGAUUCAGAUAGAGGGUCAAGGAAUGAAAUCAUUGGCCGGUUAACACUGGGAUCUUCAGCAGAAGGAACAGGUGGAGAGCACUGGAAAGAAAUUUGUGAAUAUCCUAGGAGACAAAUUGCCAAAUGGCAUAUGUUGUGUGAUGGUUAGGAGCUUAGAGAGGGGUUGGAACCCGAAAAGCUAUGUAUGUUUCUAUAGGCAAGGAGCAGUUUUCUUUCUUUGCUAUAUAUAAAUGCAAGGUAACUA